AUGGGCAGCCGGACUGCUGCUUCUCCCCAGCUGUUGUUACACUCCCUCUCGCACGGAGAGUCUACACGCCCAGGCUCCUCUGGAAGUGAUGCCUCUGCGACAUCGAACGUGACUACUGUCUCUCGAACAAUCCCCCCUACGACAAUUACCGCCGCCGCUCAGCAGCAGCAGCAGCAGCAGCUCGCGGUCUCCCGCAGCAACGACGUCUCCCUCCCUCCUCCGCCACCCUCGAACACAACCUUCAUGCCGCACAAUGAACUGCCCAGCCGCAAGGCAUCGAGUCGGAUCGUGCCCUCGUCGGAAAGCAUCCGACACCGCUCCCGACACCAUUCGCAGGGCUUCUUUGAACCCUCACUGCCGACCGCCUCCUCCUCCGAUGCCGUGAACAGUCUCUCCGCGUCGAGAAUCGCUGCCCAGGCGGCGAUGCUGCAACAGCAGCAGCAGCAACAGCAACAGCAACAACAGUCGUUAUCGUCGGCUCACCAUCCGUCGAAGCGGCCGAUCCCAGUCCCUAGCCAGGAUGACCUGGUGCUGCGAGGUGUCCGUCGGGGGCCCAGCGCCUCGCCGCCGCCGCCCCUACCGCAGCCAUUACUCGCCGCGCCAGGGCCCGGAGGGUUCGCGGGUCAGUCAUAUCAGAAUGGGAUUGUCGGAGGACAGGCGUACACGGCGACGGCGGCGGCGAACGUGGUUUUCCCCCGCAGUCCGAACUCGCAAGCAAUGGCGAUCCCAGAGUUGGAGCCUACCAAACAACCCAAGACGGAGAAGUUGACCAAGAAGAAACUCUUCUCCAAGCCCAAGCACAUCGGUAUCAGUCGCGACAAGGAUGGAUAUAGCAAGGAAAAGGGUCUCCCCUCGCCAAGCAAGAUGGGGGGGUUCGCCAGCCGCAUCGUCAGCGCCUCGACCACCAGCUUGGCCGACACCCUGCCGUCCAACAACUCGUCCAUGUACAACCUAUCGAAUGCUUCUGCCAGUACGAUCGUGCCUGCAGAUCGGCAGACGGGCAGCGAGCGAGAAAAGGAUAAAGACAAGGACAAAGACAAGGAUAAAGAAAAGGCACACAAGCACCAUUUCCUAUCUCGACAGAAACUGAAGCUCAAGGAUCGCGACGACCAUUACAACCUGCCUUUAUCAUCCGCGUCGAGCAACUCGAAACCGUCCGAUCCCAGCGCUCCGCAGUCGCUCUAUUCCUUCACUCCGUCCUCGCCAGGAGCCACCACAACCACUUUCGGAAAGUCUGUGGGCGGCUUGGAUCUUCUACAUGGCGCACGGGCGAAGAAAAAGGAAGAAAAAGCUCUAGCUGAGUCUGAGCAGGUUGAUUUCCACUCGACGAGCAACGCCGCAGGCUCCGGCGGAUUUCAUGGACCCUCUUCCCUCGGGAGCUCGUCCGGCAUGCUGGGCGAAGCGGCGCUGCGCGAGACCCUGCAGGGGUUCGGGCUAAACAACAUGACGCCGGACGACGCGUGGGAUUUCCUCAAGGCGAAACUGCUGGUCAUCUUCGACGGCGAGGACGUCCGUAUCGCCAUCGAGGAUCUCAACAAGCUGGUCAUUGUCCACGUGCAGCGGUGUGUGCAGAAGCGCCAGCCCAACGCCAUGGUCGACGACCUGCGUGAGUUGCUUGAGACUGGAUUCGCCUCGAUGAAUCAUACGCUAGCGGGAAUACCUGAUGAGAAGCUAGUUCCUCAUCUGGUGCAGAUCUGGAUACUCGUGUUUGGCACCAUCCUGCCCUUCAUCCAGGCGGUCUUCCUGCCCCUGGACCUCGAGUUCAAGGGAUGCGGCUCUGUCAUGAACGCUCGCGAGGCUAAGGAGUUCUGGAACGGCCUGCACGCGGAGAACACUGCCGAUGCCUCCCUGGGUGGCGAGCUCGAGAUCCGCAACCUAGUCCUAAUCGCCUUCCGCAACACCGUCGUGCUCUCGCGAUACGAGGGACUCAGGGCGACCUUCUCGCGCCUCAGCCUAGAUAACAUCAAUUCAAGCGUCAAGAACAUCAGCAUGGCGGGUAAGAACCAGAACAAGGGCGACCGCCCGGGCACCGCCGCCUCGCUAGACGCCGGCUUCGGCAGCUACAGCUCGCAAUCCUCUACUCUUCUCAACACCGUUCCGACAGCCACGACUGCCGCCAGCGGCAGUACGAUGGUCGGCAGCUACUCUUCCGACUCCGUCAGCAAUCGCAGCCGGGCUGCAUCCAACACCUCCUCCAACCCCGAAACCCAACAGCAGCAGCAGCAGCAACUCAUCUUCCAGUCCUUCUCUUCUCCCUCUCAACGACCCCCUCUGAUCCACCACCACUCCUCCGCCGUCCACACGCCGCCUAAAGACUCCUCGCAGCUCAUCACCGAAACCGUCGGCCGCAUGCUACAGUGCGUCAGCGUGUUGGCCAGCGUACAGACCGCUGACGAUGCACAGGAGAAGGUUGAGCUGCUCAGCAAGGCGCUCAAGCACAACUGGCUCGGCCGCGGCCGCACAGGCCGUGACCGGCGCGGCUUUGUCGGUGCGAAAAUCCGCCCUGUGAUCGUGACGCGCUCGGCGAGCGACGACUCGACGUCCAUGUUGAAUCAGGGCGGAGGAGAUCUCGGCAUUGCCGCCUCGGGAUUCCUGGCGGGGUCCGCGAAUGAUUGGGAACCGCAGGAGAUCAGUGUCAUAUGA